ACCCGUGUGUCCUUGGCUUGUCAACUUGGACAUGUGAGAGACACAGUCAUUAUGUCUUUCCCUAAAAAACCUCCAAGUAAAGCCUUGGAAGUCCUGCAGGGUCUGCCGCGGAUAUCCUUGGCCAACCUGCGACCUGAGCCCGGAUCUACCAAGCACGGAAGACGACGAGGUAGAGGACAGCAUGGCGGCAACCGCAGUGGGAGAGGACAUAAGGGAGAGAGGCAGAGAGGCACCCGGCCAAGGCUGGGCUUUGAAGGGGGCAACACCCCCUUUUACCUGUCCAUCCCAAAAUAUGGCUACAAUGAGGGACACAGUCGCCGUCCUCAGUACCAGCCGCUGUCGCUGAGACGCCUCCAGUACCUCAUCGACCUGGGCAGGGUGGACCCGACCCAGCCCAUCGACUUGACGCAGCUGGUCAACGGGCGGGGGGUGACGGUGCAGCCGCUCAAGAGGGACUACGGGGUCCAGCUGGUGGACGAGGGCGCUGAUAUUUUCGCAGCCAAAAUCAACAUAGAGGUCCAGAGGGCCUCAGAAAAAGCCAUCGCUGCCAUCGAGAGGAACGGGGGGGUCAUCACCACCAGUUUCUACGACCCAAUAAGCCUUGGGAUCCUCAUCAAGCCCGUCCCGUUCUUCCUGCGAGGUCAGCCCAUCCCUAAGAGGAUGCUGCCGGGCGAGGACAUGGUGCCCUACUACACCCACGCCGACAACCGCGGCUACUUGGCCGACCCAGAGGAGAUCCGGCGGGCCCGGCUGGCCCUGGCGCAGAAGUACAGCUACGUGCUGGCGGACCUCUCCAAAGACGAACUGUACCACAUGCUGUCCAUGAGGAAGGACAGAAGGCAGAUCUUCUUCGGCCUUGCUCCGGGUUGGGUGGUCAACAUGGCGGAGAAGAAGAUUCUUAAACCCACGGAUGAGAAAGUGCUGCAAUAUUUUAGCUCUUAGGUGAACUUAAUGUACAUUUUCUGCAAUAAAAUACUAGAA